UACCCUUCACAAUCCUCUCAUCACUCCUCAUUCACCAAAACCUCCUUAAACCAGUCACUCAUUAUAUUUAAACACCUUCCCUUACCCAAAACAAAUAAAAACAAAGCAAAGAAAAUGGCUCAUAGGAAAUCAAGUAAACUAUCUCAAACAGCAUUGCUAAAACAAAUCCUUAAGAGAUGUUCUAGUUUGGGUAAAAAACAUGGAUAUGAUGAAGAUGGUCUUCCCCUUGACGUACCAAAAGGCCAUUUUGCUGUCUAUGUAGGAGAGAAUAGGAGUAGAUACAUUGUUCCUAUUUCUUUCUUGUCACAUCCCGAGUUUCAAUGCUUGCUCCGACGAGCUGAAGAAGAGUUUGGAUUUGAUCAUGAUAAUGGCCUUACGAUCCCUUGUGAAGAAGUCGUUUUUCGUUCACUUACUUCAAUGCUUAGGUGAACAAUAUAUAUGUUUAUGUUAAGAUGAUUAUGGGUUGGUUUUUAAGUAGUUUUCUUGAAGAAAGAUGAUGUUAAGAUGAAGCUGCUAACCAAGAGUUUCGAUCCUCUUGUAUUGCUUCUCUUUUUUUUCACAUUUUUCUUCAU